GAAGAAAAUUCACUGCAAAAACAUGAAUUAUUUAUUCGCUUUGGUUCUGUUACCACUUCCUGUUUCAAUUUUGGGAAAAAAAUGUUGCCAAUUCCCGGCUUAUUCAUUUUCCGCUAUGACAAAUGUUACAAAAGAAGACUUUAAAUGUUCUGAACCAGUUUCAGUGCUUUGUCAAAUUGACACUAAUGGGAGUGGAUAUGUUGCAGUUGGAAUUUCUGGAAAUUUAACGGAACAGGCAGAUACAAAGCCUUUAGUCAUCAAAAAAGGUUCAUCUUCAAUCUCGGCGUCUCUUGUAUGCGACACUUCUUCUCAAAUGUGGAAAGUUGAUAAGAAAUCCGAUAAAUAUGACAAUAUUGGUUGUAUCAUGAGAUCUACUGGCGGAGUUUGGAUUGUUUAUUGAGUAUUUGGAAUAAAAUAUAUUUUUCUUUCAAAAAUAGGAAAAUGAGUAAUAAAAUAAAUACUAAA